AUGAAUGCUUCUGUGCCAGUUUUCGAGAAACCCCAUCCUCGUUUAAGUGUUUUAGACUGGACUAGAAACAUUCAAAGAUUGCAAAACGAAGCUAGGACUCGACGGUUUGAGUCUUACGAGCUCAGGCAGAGAGCAAACCAGUUGAGGAACGAAACUUCAGUAACAACUAGAUGGGAUACCCACGUUAAUAAUGAGUUAUUAAGAGAUAGGAUUUUUGAAGUCCAAUCCUGGCGGGAGAAGCAGAGGUUCACGAGAGAAUGUGUAAGAGAUGAGAUCAGAGCUCUGAAAGAAGAGAAAAAUGCAACGGAACUCCAUCUCGAGUCCCUGCAGGUGCCAUUGAUGGUUGUGUCGCAAUGUCUCUCCAACCGAGACGAAAGGGUGCCACCCGAACUAACCAGGGACCGGCUCGGAGAAGAACUGAAAAAGGAGCUGCAUAUAAUAGAGAACAGUAAACGCGUACUCACCGACGUGUGUCACAUGGGCUGGGAGAAGCUGAAGGAGUUGACCAACGUGUUCUGCCGGCUGGAGCGCGAGAUCCAGAACAAAGACGAUGCGCUGGACUUAGAGUACCACGUCAAGGAUCUCACCAGGGACAGCUCGGAUAUUUCCUACAAGAUCGACCCGAUAAGAGUACCGCCGCAAACUAUGACAGAACAAAGCUACGAGCACUGCAUUGAAAACACGAUCAAGAUAGCCGAGCAGUUAAUGGGAGAGUCGAAGGGGCUGCGAGAGACGAUGUUCAAGAGCCGGGAGCAGGCGCGGAACCAGAUGUACGCGCAGUGCCAGGCCGUGGAGAUGGUUAUGCGCAGACGCGUGUAUGACAUACAGCGUGCGCGGAAUGAGAUGGAAUGGCAGAAGUAUAAGUUAGAAACCAACAUGCAGAAGGUAGACAGGGAAAUAGAAUCACUACGCGCGGCUGUCGCCGACAAGAUCAAUCCCAAGAAACUUGUUGAGACGAGGUUGGAGGUGCGCACGCGGAGACCCGUUCUGGAGCGGGUUCAGGAUAAACCUAUGCGAGGUUUGAUAGAAGAAUAUGAGAGAGUGAACAUGAGCUACAAUAUGCUAGAGAAGAAAUUACAAGAUGCAUUGACGACUUAUCAUGGCAUGUACAACCACCACCAGAGAGUAACCAAGGACUUACAGUACAAGAAUCAAGCCCUGGAGACUGACAGGAGGCUGAUAGAAAUAAGGAAACCUCUUCAUCCUAUCAACGAAACUGACUUUAAGAGGAAUGUAGGAUAUUGUCAUAUGAGUGAUGAGUUGUGCCCUGAAUAAAUUUAGAUCACUUCAUAUUGGCAAGAGAAAUUAAAUAGCCGCUUAAAAAUAACUUUCUGAGGCGCUAGAGUUUGCAAUAAGAGAA